AUGUACAGCAGACACACCAGACCAGAUAUCUUUCUUUCUUUCUUUCUUUCUUUCUUUCUUUCUUUCUUUCUUUCUUUCUAUUCCACACGAUGUUUACUUUUCUUUCUUUCUUUCUUUCUUUCUUUCUUUCUUUCUUUCUUUCUUUCUUUCUAUUCCACACGAUGUUUACCUUUCUUUCUUUCUUUCGUUCUUUUUAUUCCACACGAUUUUUACCUUUCUUUCUUUCUUUCUUUCUUUCUUUUUUUCUUUUUUUCUUUCUUUCAUCUUCUUUUCUUUCUUGCAUCAUUUCUUUCUUUCUUUCUUUCUUUCUUUCUUUCUUCACAUUUUUGUUUUCUCUUACCUUCAUUAUUACAUCCUCACUUUCUCGCUCUCUUUUUUCUUUCUUUCUUCUUUCCUUCCUUUCUUUCUUUUUUCUUUCUUUCUUUAUUUCUUUCUUUCUUUCUUUCUUUCUUUCUUUCUUCAUCUUUUUGUUUUCUCUUACCUUCAUUAUUACAUCCUCACUUUCUCUCUCUCUCUUUCUUUCUUUCGUUUUUCUUUCUUUCUUUCUUUCUUUCUUUCUUUCUUUCUUUUUUUCAUCUUUUUGUUUUCUCUUACCUUCAUUAUUACAUCCUCACUUUCUCUCUCUCUUUUUUUUUUUUUCUUUUUUCUUUCUUUCUUUCUUUUUUUUCAUCUUUUUUUUUUCUUACCUUCAUUAUUUUUUCCUCUUUCAUCUCUCUUUUUUUCUUUUCUUUUUUUUUUCUUUUUUCUUUCUUUCUUCAUCUUUUUGUUUUCUCUUACCUUCAUUAUUACAUCCUCACUUUCUCUCUCUCUCUCUCUAUUUCUUUCUUUCUUUCUUUUUGCUUUCUUCAUCUUUUUGUUUUCUCUUACCUUCAUUAUUACAUCCUCACUUUCUUUCUUUCUUUCUUUCUUUCUUUCUUUCUUUCUUUCUUUCGUUUUUCUUUCUUUCUAUUUUUUCUUCCAUUUUUUCUUUCUGUUUCAUUUUUUUUUUUGAUAUUUUUUCUUGAUUCUUCACGAUUUUUUAUCCUAUUUUGUUGUUUCUCUUACUUUCAUGUUUUUCCUAUUUGUUCUUUUUCAUUUUUCUUCACUUUUUUUUUCUCCUAUUUUUUUCGUUUUCUUAAUUUCAAAUUUUUCCUAUUUUUUUUCACGAUUUCUUCUUCUAUUUUCUUCUUUAUCUUUCUUUCAAAUUUUUCCUAUUUCUUUCCUUUUCCAUUUUUUUUUCGCAGUUUUUUCUCCUAUUUUUUCAUUUCUCUUUCUUUUAUAUUUUUCCUAUUUUUUUCUUUUUCAUUUUUUCCUUCACGAGUUUUUCACCUAUUUUUUCGUUCUCUUACUUUCCUGAUUUUCUUUCCGAUUUUGCUCUUUCUCUUAAAUUCAUAUUUUUCUUUUUCAGUUUGCCACACAAUUUUUUCUCCUACUUUUUCUUUCACUUUCAUAUUUUUCUGUUUUUCUUCUUCAUUUUUUUCUUCAAGAUUUUUCUCAUAUUUUAUUUUUCUUACUUUCAUCUUUUCCUAUUCUUUCUUUUUUCUUAACGCUUUUUUUCUUCUACUUUUUACAUUUCUCUUUCAUAAUUUUUUGAUAUUUUUUUCUUCGCGAUUUCUUUUUCUAUUUUUCUUACUCUUACUUUCAUAUUUUUCCUAUUUUUACUUUUUAAUUUGCUUCAAUAAUUUUCUCCUAUUUUUUCUUUCUCUUACUUUCUCUUCCUUUCUUUUAUUUCUUCUUCAUUUCUUCUCUAAAAACUUUUUUGUUUUGUUUUUAAUUACAUUUUCUUUAACUUUGUUUUUUUCUCUUUUUCACACCGUUCUUUUUCCAUUUAUUCGUUAUUUCAUUCGUUUUUUUUUUCAUUCAUUCAUUUAUUUUUUCUUGUUUUCAUUCAUUCUUUCUUUUAUUUCUUCUUACUUUCUUCGCUAA